UUGUCUCAGUGAGAGUGAUAGAGCCUAGAGCUUUGAAAGAGUAUAAUUUGGCAUUUUGCCCACUCCAUUAUUUCAAGCUGAGAGAUAAUUCGAGUAUUAAUUAGUCUCAGAUUUUUCAAGAACAAGAUUUACACAACUACAUACAUUUUAUUUAUUAUUUUGCAUUUUCUGGAUAUGCUCAAAAUUUGUAUAGAAUAAAAUAAUGCAAGUGAUUCGAACGUCUUUACCCUCUCCAGUUCUUCAUUCCCGCUCAAGGGGGAAGACUGAGAAUUUAGUUGUAAGAUGCUCCAUUAAGCGUCCGGCUUCAGAUAAUGGCAUUCCUAAACAUAUAUUCUCUGGGUUGGUAGCUUCUUGCAUAGUUUUCUCCCAAGCCAAUUUGGUGUAUGGGGCAGAUCUUCCUCGUCGCGAUAGCAUAGGCUUGCUUGCUGAUGUCUCUAGCAGUACGGUUCCAUUUCCUCUUGAUGAGAAUUCUAGUAAUGCAGAUGGGAAGGAGGUGAUGAUGAUGAUGAUGAGAGGUAUGACAGCUAAAAACUUUGAUCCUGUUAGAUACUCUGGCAGAUGGUUCGAGGUGGCCUCUCUUAAACGUGGAUUUGCUGGACAAGGCCAGGAAGACUGUCAUUGCACCCAGGGAAUAUAUACAUUUGAUAUGGAGGCACCUGCAAUUCAAGUUGAUACUUUCUGUGUACACGGGGGUCCUGAUGGGUACAUCACCGGUAUAAGGGGAAAGGUUCAGUGUCUCUCAGAGGAGGAUAAGGAGCUGAAAGAAACUGCUUUGGAGAGGCAAGAGAUGAUCAAAGAGAAGUGCUACCUGCGUUUUCCUACUCUGCCAUUUAUUCCGAAGGAGCCAUAUGAUGUGAUUGCAACUGAUUAUGACAAUUAUGCUAUUGUCUCAGGGGCCAAAGACAAAAGUUUUGUCCAGAUCUACUCAAGAACACCUAAUCCUGGACCUGAGUUCAUCGAGAAGUACAAAAAUUACCUAGCAGACUUUGGAUACGACCCAAACAAAAUCAAGGAUACUCCCCAAGAUUGCCAAGUUAUGUCAAACAGUCAACUUGCUUCAAUGAUGUCUCAAUCCGGAAUGCAACAGGCUCUAACCAAUCAGUUCCCUGAUCUUGAAUUAAAGUCUUCUGUAGCAUUUAAUCCCUUCUCAAGUGUACUUGAGACAUUGAAGAAGCUUCUUGAGCUCUACUUCAAGUAGUAGUGAAUCUCAUGUAAUGAUGCUUCUUGCAUGUAUUUCCAUUGUAAUUUUGUUAAAAUCACAUUAACAUUCAUCACGUCUAACAAUUCCAAAUGGCAGCCUAUUAUUAAUAUUGUUGCUGUACGCCUGUACAAGCAGGUAUUUGUAAGAUGAGCCUGUAUUCUAAUUAGGAUCCUCUGUUUGAAGAAAGAUCACAAAUACUCGCAUGAGAUGGUCACACAAUAGCUUAUUGUAAAAUAGGUUUGAUUCUUUA